AUGGCCUCAAGACGCACGUUCAAGCUCAAUUCAGGUUUCGAAAUCCCUGCUGUCGGGCUGGGAACCUGGCAAUCCAGACCGAACGAGGUGCAGAAAGCAGUAAAUGCAGCGCUUCAAAUUGGGUACCGUCAUAUCGACGCUGCAUCAGUCUACGGGAACGAACGCGAAGUUGGGGAUGGGAUCAAAGCGUCAGGUGUCCCGCGUGAAGAAAUCUUUCUUACUAGCAAGCUAUGGAAUACUCAUCACGACCCCGAGAACGUUGAAGCUGCGGUGGAUCGAUCACUUAGCGACCUUCAAACUGAUUAUCUUGAUCUUUACCUGAUACACUGGCCCGUCGCCUUCCGCCACUCAACCACGAGUAUCCAACCUAUAGAUGAGAAAACAGGUUUAAUCGACGUGAUAGACGUCCCAACCAAGGAUACAUGGGCUGCUAUGGAGGCAUUAGUUGCCAAGGGCAAAGUGCGGUCAAUCGGUGUCAGCAACUUCACCAGGGAGAAGAUUGAAGAACUCCUCAAAACGGCGAAGAUACCACCUGCCGUCAACCAGAUUGAAGCCCACCCUUAUCUCCAACAAAGAGGGUUACUGGAGUGGUCUAAAGAAAAGGGAAUCCUAGUGACUGGAUAUUCGCCCCUCGGGAACAACAUCUACAACAUUCCUCGAACCGUUGACGACCCCCUUGUCAUUGAGAUCGCCAAAUCCCUCAACAAAACCCCAGCCCAGGUCCUCAUCAGUUGGGCUGUUCAGCGAGGAACAGUUGUGCUGCCGAAAUCUGUGACCCCCGAGAGGAUCCAGAGUAACUUACAAGACUUUGUCCUCCCCGAGGAUGCAUUCCAGGCUAUUCGUUCACUAGAAAGACACCAACGGAUGAACUUCCCUGCGCGCCUUGGUGUGGAUAUAUUUGGAGAGGUUGGCGAGGAGAGCGCGAAGAAGAGCGCGCGCGACUGGGCAGAGGCUCAAAAACAGUUGAAGAAUUAG